AUGAGGCUCUGCUCGCGUCUUCUGGCGGCUGGAUGCUGCUCCAUGCUGGCUAUCGCGCGAGUCAACGCUUCGGAGAAACUCCAUUUCGAGUGGGACGCCAUCAAGCCCAGCGACGAACUCGAGUAUCACGACUGCUAUGGCGAGUUCAAGUGCGCUCGCCUGGAGGUGCCCCUUGACUGGCUCAACGAGACAGACACAAGAGUGGCCACCAUUGCCAUGAUCAAGCUGCCUGCAGUGGUACCAGACGACGAUCCUACCUUUGGCGGCACCAUCUUCACCAACCCUGGAGGACCUGGUAGCUCCGGUGUUGAAUUUCUGCUCAUCUCAGGCCGUUAUCUUCAGUACACGGUCGAUAAGCCGGGACGCCGCCAUUACGAGAUUGUCUCUUUCGAUCCCCGUGGUGUUGGAAAAACGACUCCCGCUUCCGACUGCUUCAAUGGGAACUUGCUAGCGCGAGACGCUUUCCUGCUCGAAAAGCGCGGUAAUGGCGCCCUCACUAAGGGAGACGACACCAUUGCGUACAGCCUUGCCAUCAUGGAUGCUUUUGCCCAGCGGUGCCAGGAAGCCGAGGACGCCAUGGCCUUUGUUGGAACACCCAAUGUCGCACGCGACAUGGUCGAGAUGGUUGACAGAACCGACGAGCUGCGCAAAAAGGAGGCUGUUCAGAAACGUAAAGGGUAUGAAGCACCAGACACGUGCGACUCCGACAUGGAAGGAGAGGUUAAGAAGCGAUCUGCUCCCAAGAGGAAGUCGGCCGAGCUUCACGACGAACCUGGCAAUGUUCCGCGUCUUCAGUACAUUGGAUUUUCCUAUGGCACCGUCCUUGGUAAUUACUUUGCUUCCAUGUUUCCCGGCCGUGUUGGUCGCCUGAUCCUUGACGGGGUUUGCGAUAUUCAAGACUACACAACGGGGCCAGGCUGGCUUACAAAUACUGUCGAUGCAGAUGAGAUGUUCGAUCGUUUCUUUGAGGGCUGUGCUGCUGCCGGCCCCGAAAUCUGCGCCCUGGCUCAGUGGGAUGACGCACCCAAGCCCGCGCUGGUAGAUUCGGGAGACGUCGUUAUCGUCACUGGCUGGGACAUUCGACUGCUGGCCGGCCUGGUUCUUUAUGGGCCUUUGACGCAGUUCAAGGGGCUUGCAAAAACAUUGGACAAAUUCAUGUCCGGCGACCUGACAGACAUCGCCACCUGGGCUGUGGGCACAGGCGUGGUGCCCCGCAUGAGGGACGCAUGCCCCCUAGGUGACGAGGUCUGGCCCGUUGAGAUGGAGGAGACUCAGGACGCCGUCGUCUGCAAUGAUGGCGAGGACAUUUCCCAAAGGGGCUUCGCUUUCUGGCACAAGUACGUGCAGAGCCAGAUGGACACUUCCAGCAUCCUUGGCGCCAAAUGGUCUACAAUCCGCAUCCCAUGCUCGAGCUGGCGCAUCCGGCCCAACUGGCGCUUCAACGGCCCCUUCACCACCCCCGAUCCGGAUCCGUCCCUCCGGCCGGGCCGUCCCGCAGCCCCUAUCCUAUUCCUCUCCAAUCGACUUGACCCCGCCACGCCACUGCGAGCCGCCCAGGCCAUGGCCGACCAACACCCCGGCGCCCGAGUCCUCAUCCAGGAGGCCAUGGGUCAUACCGCCGUGGCCUCUGCCCUCAGCCAAUGCACCAGGAGAGUCGUAGCCGACUACUUCGAAUCUGGCAUCAUUCCUUUGGAUCUGCCACCGUGUGACGCUGACUGUGGUCCCUGGGACGAAGCAUGCCCACUUCUAGGUGGAACGGGACGCAAAAGCAGAGAUGUGGAUGCCAUGUCUACCUGGUUCAAUAGAGACCAGCCCUUAAGGAACAGGAAAUCACCGCUUGGCGUACUAUAG